UGCCGGAUCUGUGGAUCGCGCUGCACACUGAUCAUCAAAUGACUGCGUGCAUCCCCAAUGACUUGAGUACAGGAUCCAUACCUUGAAACGAAUACAGCUGUUUUUUCUAUUAAUUUUACAUGACAUCUUCUCGACCCAUGACAUCAUUGAUGUACUCCACGCACGUGCAUGUGGGAUUUCAAGAGAGUGAUCACGUGAUGUCAGCUUCCAGCGAGCUGCGCCGCAAAAGGCAGAAGGACACACUAAACAUCUACUCAACAGAUUACUCAAAGUUAGCAAUCUGGACUCAUUUGAUUAUCUAGAGAGUUGUCUCUUCACUUCCGAUUCGCCAUGCCUAGCAUCCUGAGUAUACCGACAGAGAUCAUAAUCGCCAUUGCGGGCUCGUGUGACACAGCUGGGGUCAACAAUUUCUCGCAAACAUGUCGCGUAUUACACUUCACCUUGACUCCGCAGCUCUACAAGGUCAUAGAUCUGAGCUCCCACAACGCAGAAAUCGAAUGCGUACCUUGGAGGUUUACUGAAUCACCACCAGGUUACAUUUUUCCUCCAGAUUUUAUGAGAAGAAGAUACAAUGAGUUUGAUAGAGAAAUUUUCCAGCGCCAGGGUCUGCUUGAGAGGACGUUUGCCGCCAACCAUUCUUACGGUGAACAUGUACGAACAUUGCGCUGGACGAUAUUGGACACGAAUGAGAUGGAUUGGGGCCAAAACCUAGAAUCUAAUUCGGAGAUUGAGGAUGCUGAGGCGAAAGGGGCGAAGGUACCGGUGUAUACGCCUGAAGAUGAGCCUAUAUGGAUCGUAUUCAGAAGUCUCACCAAUGUAACAGAUGUUGAUAUUCACUGGCAUAGACGAUGGAGAGAAGUAACGCUUCCUGGUCCACUCUUCCCUGCUAUGAGAUCCCUACGACUAGGAGGCUGCAUGACUCAAAAAUUCGUUUCUUGCAUCUUGGAGCCACAAACUACAUCCGGAUCCCAGCAGUCGCUUCUAGAGCGCGUGGAGUUAAACAACCUGUUCGAAUGGGGAAAGAUCAACCUUCCCCUACCUCAUGAGGACCAUCUUGGCGACAUUAUUCACUUUGCAAGAGACAACGCCGAUGAUACGACUGAAUAUUAUAGGAAUCAUCUUAUGAUAGGCGUCCUGGAUCCUUUGAUCGGUCGCCUCGGUAAUCUAAGGAGCCUAGGUAUCGGAACCUUCGGCGACGAUGAUCGACCACGCGUUCCAAUACUGCAGUCUUAUAUUCAUGAUGGCUUGGUAUAUGCUUCAUUGGCAAGAGUUUUGAACUCCAUAAGACCGACGUUGGAAGAGUUCAAAUUCGACCAAGGAAUAAAUCGAAUAGAAGAAUCAUACAUUGAGAGUGAUGGAUGGAUCACGAGGGAGUCAUAUCAACGACGUGAUCAUCGCCAGAUGGAUUGCUUGUUUCUCGAUCACAUUCUUCCCGUUUUAUUGGAAGCUCCAUGGCCGCGCAUGAAGUCUUUGCACAUCCGUGGUGUCGGCUGUGCACCUUCUAUUAAAUACCCAGGCAUGGAAAAGAUAUCAUUUGCAGUUCCAACGUCAGAGAAACAACGUUUGAAGACAUUGUUGGGGGGUGAGCAGGAUAUGGUGGAUUUUGUGUUUGAGGAGGAGCAGGGAAAAGAUUGGGAGUGUCUGGAUAUGAUGGGAACGGGCAUUCCUGGCUUCAGAUAGGAUAGAUGUAUUAAUAAUGAUGAUAAUGGCGGCUAGGCUAAGAAGAGAAAGGCUUGUGGCUGUAUAAUUUGUGCCUUGCGGAAGCUCGGAAUGCGAUGAUCCAAUUCUGAAGCGUUUAGCAAAAGGUCAGCCCCCCUUAUCACACUUAUACGCAGAGCUAGAUCAUUUGGUAGUCAACGAUCAGAGGCGCCCCACUUCUUCCUCUCUGGCGCAGCCAGAUUCAUGCUAAGCUCACCGAUUGAUUUUUUUGAGUCAGUUAAUCGACGCGAUGGAAGCACCCUUGUCGAUCUUUUUGCCGAAGAACCUCCGUCUCGCUAUUCAAGUAGGUACAUGAAUUGGUUUUGUCCCACUUCGUGGCAUGGCCAGAUUAGGGGAACGAAUCAGUCACUAAAUUUUGACACUGUGUCCAGCUACUAUCCAAGAUCGCGGAUCAUGAC